AUGGCCGAAUAACUGGUCCAGAGAGAGUCAGCAGCAAAGCAGCUCAGAGAUGGAGUAGGACCUGUGCACAUACACACUCUUACACAUAUUCUUAAUAACACCACCUAGCUCCAACUGAAGCGCAGCCAUGCAGGAAUCUCCUGGCUCUAUUGGUGUGGAUGGAGGUUAUGCCAGUAAUGUGCCUGCCUUCCUCACCAAACUGUGGACCCUGGUCGAGGACCCGGACACCAACCACCUCAUCUGCUGGAGUGCUACUCCACAAUCUGGCUUACAGAGUCCUCAAAAUACUGGGACCAGCUUCCAUGUGUUCGACCAGGGCAGGUUUGCUAAAGAGGUGCUGCCAAAAUACUUCAAACAUAACAACAUGGCCAGCUUUGUUCGUCAGCUCAACAUGUAUGGCUUCAGGAAGGUGGUGAACAUAGAGCAGAGUGGUCUGGUGAAGCCAGAGAGAGACGACACAGAGUUUCAGCACCUCUACUUCCUGAAAGGCCACGAACACCUGCUGGAGCACAUCAAGAGGAAGGUCUCCAUCGUGAAGAGUGAAGAGACCAAAGUACGGCAGGAGGACUUGAGUAAGCUGCUGUAUGAAGUGCAGGUACUGCGCAGCCAACAAGAGAACAUGGAGUGUCAGAUGCAAGACAUGAAACAGCAGAAUGAGGUGCUGUGGAGAGAGGUGGUCUCACUGAGACAGAACCACACCCAGCAGCAGAAAGUCAUGAACAAGCUGAUUCAGUUCCUUUUCAGCCAGAUGCAGUCAAACACAACAAGCACUGUAGGAAUGAAGAGAAAGCUUCCCCUUAUGUUGGACGAUGGCUCAACCACGCCCUCAGCCUCCAAGUUCAGCCAUAACCACCAAAUGGAGCCCCUGCAUGAACCGUUCUAUAUCCAGUCGCCAUCCACAGAAACAGCCUCUUGCUCCAAUAGUGCAAUGACAGGAGGACCAAUCAUAUCAGACGUUACUGAAAUGUCACAACCCAGCAACAUGCAAAUGCAAACAGAUGAGACAAGGGAUAAGUGUUUGAUGCUGAUCAAAGAGGAGCCAGGGAGCCCAGGGGUGCGAGGCCGGGGGGAGGGGGUCCCACUGGGCUCCUGUGAUGUGUGUUCUGAACCCCCCGUCCUCCCUGUUGCCAUGGUACAAUCCGUCCUGGAGGGCCGAGGGUCUGGAGCAGACAGGCGGCUCAAGAGACCUGCUCUGGAGAGGCCUGAGGUACCUGAUGCUGAAGAGAAUGUGGACAUGAGUCUGGAGGACCUGCAGCUUCUCCUGAGGACCCACCAGCAGAAUGUGGAGCCCACCACUGCUGUCAUGGAUCCAUUCAAUUUCAACCUGCCCUUGAGUGAGUGGAACUUUACUGAUAUGGAUUCCAACCUGAAAUCAUACAUGUUUCAGAGCCAGGAGGCAGAGGCUUACCCCAACGCUGGUUGUGAGGAACAAUGAUGGCUUGACAGAUCCGCUGGCACAUGCUUGUCCUGACAAGGCAGGCCAGAAAACAAGACAUUCCUCAAGGCUCUCAGAUUUGUUCCAUCCCCUGUCGUCAUGUCUUAGAUCCAGCCUACCUGACCCAAUGUGAGCAGAGCAGGAGGGGUUCUUGUCACUCAGAGCUCUGUGGGCCUAUCUUCCAUCCACUAGGAUGUCCGUUCUGGGGAGUUUUCUUUAGAAGCACUGUAUAGCUUUUCAGAGAACCAGAGUUGAAUCUAUUUGGAAUUAUUCAGACUUCUUUCACUGAUGUUCAACAGUUUUACUGGUGGGGACCCUGGCAGUUGUCACUUCAAAGGCUGACCGCAGGACAUCCUAACAUAAGCAAUGGCUUCUCUCCUAAAGCUGGACUGAUCUACAGUCAGAGAGCCUGACUGAGGGAUCUCAAUUCAUAACAGACCAACCGACCAGUUGACAUUUCAAGGAUCAAUUCCGAGUCCAAAAGUGGAGUUUGGAGUAUAACCGGCACUAUUACGAAGUUCCAAUAUUCUCUGCCAUCGUGCCAGCGGUAGUAUGAAAAGUUGCAUUAUACCACGGUGGCCCUGGUUUGUAAGCACUUUAGUCUGUGUGAGAGUUUCUGCUUGUGGAGCUGUUUUUUUCCUAAAUAGCAUAUUUGGUUCUAUAAAAAUAUUCUCAUGGCAAAUAUUAUAUUUGUAUUUAAAAAUUAUAUUCAUAAGAUAACAGAAAUAGUGUUAAUUCUCUUCUGUAUGUUUUAAUGUGAGAAGUCUAGGAAAUAUUUGAUGAUAGACUUCCCAUUUGAAAAAACAAUGAAGACACCAUACCUUGCUUUUUUGCACAAUUUGUAUCAGUAUUUAUUCUUAAUCACAAUCUAUAUAUUUCUCUUGAAACACUCAGUGCUUUUCCUGUGCACAAGAGCAACUUUGAUUUUCAUCAAGUUGUCUAUGAUGACUACUAGGCUGUGUAUAAUAUAAUGCAUACAUUAGUAAAAUUAGAACAAUAGGUAGAUGAUCCAACUUCAUCUGAACUCGCUAAACAGAGAGGAUAAGAUCAACAUGUAGACUCGCUAAACAGAGAGGAUAAGAUCAACAUGUAGACUCGCUAAACAGAGAGGAUAAGAUCAACAUGUAGACUCGCUAAACAGAGAGGAUAAGAUCAACAUGUAGACUCGCUAAACAGAGAGGACAAGAUCAACAUGUAGACUCGCUAAACAGAGAGGAUAAGAUCAACAUGUAGACUCACUAAACAGAGAGGACAAGAUCAACAUGUAGACUCGCUAAACAGAGAGGAUAAGAUCAACAUGUAGACUCGCUAAACAGAGAGGAUAAGAUCAACAUGUAGACUCGCUAAACAGGGAGGAAGGAGAAGUUCUAGUGUCUCUAAAUCCGUGUCCAUCUAUUUAAGUGACUUUAUUCUUCCAUCCAUCUAGCUUUCUACCACAUCCCUCUUUUCAACUUUUCUGACUAGUAUAAGAUGAAUUAUUAUAGAUAAACAUUCUGUCCUUCCAUUGAUUUUAGUGGUGGUUAAGGGGAAAGUAAGGUUUGAUUUCAGGACAGACGAAGAGCCUCUCUAGAGCCUCCAUUUGUUUCAGAGACAGGCCAAAUUGGGAUUAUAUCGAUUUUAUUCAAACUCCAGAGGAAUGAUGAUGUAGGAGAUGGGAAAUAACCCCCACCCGCUUUCUCAAUGAUCUGAGCAGGUUCAUAUGAUUUUGUUAGACAUCAAACUGGUCGGACACAUCAAUGGAAGACACAAGUUGCUUUAAAAUGUCACCUGCAUCAAGAACUGUCUACCAAUGUGUGACCUUCACACAUUACCCAAA